AUGACCUCGUACGGAGUGUUCAAAGGUGUAUAUAGUUACGGCUCUGUCAGUCACCCGCUUGGCUUUGUCACCCUUCGAACGCAAAGUGCCCCCUACUUAAGCAAUAAGCAACAUCGCUUCUUCGAAAGUGCACUCAUGGGUUCUAUAAAGCCACCCAUAUCGCUUCGCGUUUUCGUUGUGGGCGGCGGCAUCUGCGGCCUCUCCGCUGCCAUCGCUCUUCGCCGGGCAGGUCACCAUGUGACGGUGUAUGAGAAAUACUCUGCCGACGCAGAUGCUGGGGCCGAGACUGUCGUGGGCACAAAUGCCAUCAAGGUUCUCAAGCUAUAG